AUGGCGGCGGGACCUGAGCUAAUUGCAGAGGAGUCAGUGACCUUUGAGGAUGUGUCUGUGAACUUCACCGUGGAGGAGUGGGCCUUACUGGAUCCUUCACAGAAGAAUCUCUACAGAGAUGUGAUGAGGGAAACUUUGAGGAACCUGGAUGCUGUAGGUAAGGGUGACAGUGUUUCUUUAAUGAGUCAAUGUGAAGCAGUCAAGAGACCUUGUGAACCCUCAGAAGAGAGUCAGUGUGGACAAAUCUGCACCUGGAUUUCAGAUCCUAAAGCGAACAGGAAAACUCCUACUGGAGUAAAACCAUGGGAAAGUCCUGUGUGUGGAGAAGUCCUCACUGGUGCUUCAUCUUCAAAUGUGGUUGUCACAGUUAAGACUGAACAGCAAUUGUGCAAGUAUGAGGAAUAUACAAAGAAGACGCAUACAUGUGAGGAUUGUGGGAAAGCCUUCCGUCACCCUGAAUGGUUUCUGAAGCAUGUAAGGACUCACAGUGGAGAGAAACUGUAUAAAUGUAAGCAAUGUGGAGAAGCUUUCAGCAGAUAUAGCUAUGUUCAGAUACAUGCAAAACUUCAUGCUAGAGAGAAAGUGCGUGUAUGUAAGCAGUGUGGGAAAGGCUUCAUGACGCUCACAGAUUUUCGUACACAUAUGGUCCCUUCAGAACAUAAAGAAAUUCACACCAGAGAGAAACCCUAUGAAUGCAAGGAGUGUGGGAAAGACUUUCCUUUGUUUGUCACAAUUCACUUGUAUACCAUGAAAGGAUUCACUGUGGAGAGAAACCCUAUGAAUCCAAGAAAUAUAGGAAAGCCGCAUGUCGUAGUUCACUUCAAUGUCAUAAAGGAAUUCACAGAGUCAGUGACCUUUGAGGAUGUGUCUGUGAACUUCACCGUGGAGGAGUGGGCCUUACUGGAUCCUUCACAGAAGAAUCUCUACAGAGAUGUGAUGAGGGAAACUUUGAGGAACCUGGAUGCUGUAGGUAAGGGUGACAGUGUUUCUUUAAUGAGUCAAUGUGAAGCAGUCAAGAGACCUUGUGAACCCUCAGAAGAGAGUCAGUGUGGACAAAUCUGCACCUGGAUUUCAGAUCCUAAAGCGAACAGGAAAACUCCUACUGGAGUAAAACCAUGGGAAAGUCCUGUGUGUGGAGAAGUCCUCACUGGUGCUUCAUCUUCAAAUGUGGUUGUCACAGUUAAGACUGAACAGCAAUCGUACAAGUAUGAGGAAUAUACAAAGAAGACCCAUACAUGUGAUGAUUGUGGGAAAGCCUUCCGUCACCCUGAAUGGUUUCUGAAGCAUGUAAGGACUCACAGUGGAGAGAAACUGUACAAAUGUAAGCAAUGUGGAGAAGCUUUCAGCAGAUAUAGCUAUGUUCAGAUACAUGCAAAACUUCAUGCUAGAGAGAAAGUGCGUAUGUGUAAGCAGUGUGGGAAAGGCUUCAUGACGCUCACAGAUUUUCCCCAGUCCCUUAAGAGACAUAAACGAAUUCAUACUGGAGAGAAACCCUAUAAAUGCAAGGAAUGUGGGAAAGACUUUGUGAGUCACAAUUCACUUCUAAAGCAUAAAAGGAUUCACAGUGGAGAAAAAUACUAUGAAUGCGAGGAAUGUGGGAAAGCUUUUGUGUGUCACAAUUCGCUUGUAUGCCAUAAAAGGACUCACAGUGGAGAGAAACCCUAUGAAUGCAAGCAAUGUGGGAAAGCUUUUGCCAAUCAUAAUUCUCUUCAGAAACAUAAACGAGUUCACACAGGAGAGAAGCCCUAUGAAUGCAAGGAAUGUUGGAAAGUCUUUGCCCAUCGUAGUUCUCUUAAGAGGCAUAAACGGGUUCACACAGGAGAGAAACCCUAUGAAUGCAAGCAAUGUGGGAAAGCCUUUUCUGAUCAUAGUAACUUUAAGAGACAUAAACAAAUUCACACUGGAGAACCCUAUGAAUGCAGGCAAUGUGGAAGGGCCUUGCAUUCAUUAAAAUACCUUCAAAUAUAUGAAUGAAGUCACACUGGAGAGAACCCAUAUGUGUGUAAGCAAUGCGGGAAAGCCUUCAUUUAUCCAAGUAGCUUUCGACACCAUGUACGAACUCACACUGGAAAGAUACCUUAUGUAUGUAAUCAGUGUGGGAAGACCUUCACUGAUUUUGGUUCUCAUAAAUUACCUGAGAGAAUUCACACUGGAGAGAAAACCCUAUGUAUGGAAGGCGAAAUAAGAAUUUAA